UGGCACAGGGGCGCUGCCGGUGGAUAACUCCAGAAAUUUCCGGAAAGCAGCAGGGUUUCUUCUUCGGAGGCGGGAUGGAAAUUUUAUCUCCAGAUAUGGAGGACACUGCGCCCUUGGCGGAGAUUCUAGGGUUUCGUCGUCCUCCAGAGGGCUAUCGUCCUGGUUCGGUCGUCCCCCGGAACAGAAGCCGGCAAGAAUUUGCAACUCCCGAUAAAAAGGAGAAGCAUCAGGACUGUAAGGCUUCGAAGGAAAAGGAUUUUAGGGUUUCAAAGAAGAAUAAGAAGAGGAUUUAUAGGUCCAUUCCCGAUGGGAAUAGCCACAACCACAGGAGCUUCGAGGAGGAGAUUGCUUCUAGGUUUUCCAAAUCACCCAAGAAAGAUUGGAUGAAGAAACACCUCCCUCAAAAAAAUUUUGAGAAUGGAGACAUUGUUUGGGCAAAAGCGUUUCCUUACACGUGGUGGCCUGGCCGGAUCGACAGAAUCAAGAAUUCCUCGGCUCUGGUAUCAUUUUAUGGAUGCGCUAAGAGGCAGUGGUUUCGGGUUCAUGAAAUUCGUGGCUUCGAGGAGAAUUACUCUCAGAUGUCGAAGAUGAUCGGCAUGAAGUUUUCCGCUAAUAUCGAUCUUGCUUUGGAGGAGUUGAGCUGGAGGACAGCGUUUGGGUUGAUGUGUUUUUGCCAGAAUUCAGCUGCGGAAGCAACUGGCAUGUUGGUUGAGCAGACUGCACAAGUAAGAAAAGGAUUUGAGUCGACUGAGAUUUUGGGUUUUGUGCUAGAUGUGGCUGUUUCUGCGUGGGUUGAAAAUGAAGAAAAGGUGACGGCGAUUAGAGUGUCAGCACAGGUGGGCGCAUACCGGCAUUAUGUUUCAGCCUGUCAGAAUAGUGAAGUGGAUGUAGAGUUUUGUCCAGCUGAUUUGUUGGAUUUUGUUCUCGAUGUGGCUGUUUCUUUGAGCAUUGACGACUAUGGCUCUGUUGGUAUUGCCAGAGCAGUGAAGCAACUCGAUGCAUAUCGGCAGUUUGUCUCUGUCUGCCCAAAUUGGUUGUCUUGGCAAACUAUGGGGACUGAGGACAGCUCGCUUGGUGAUGAGACCAAAGGUACAGAUCAGGGGAUUUUUGAUUCCUCAUCCAAGAGUGCAAAAAUAGACGGAGAAACCAUAGAACCGGGAUAUGAUUUCUCUGUUAUAACAGAAGAAGAGGAUUUGGCUGUAUUUGAAGAGCAAGUGCUAGAGGGACGGGAGACCUGUAUGAUUAACAGAGUGGACUUCAGUAUCCUCAACUUGGAUGAAGAAUAUAAAUGUUUGCUGGAUAAUCAACUUGAAGCUGUAGCUGACAGGAGUGUGCCAACAGGGGCAGAUAUAUGUAUGGAUGAAAAUUUUGAAAUGCAAAACUCAUCUACUGGCGUUUCAUUAGAGGAAAUGGAUGCAGAGACUAUAUGCAAGAAAAGCUUUUCUCCUGCAAGAGAUGUUCAUCAGAUUUCAGCUGAUGAAACCAGGUUUUAUGCAAAUGAACGAUCUAUAGAUUCUCUGCACUGUUGCGCUGCUAACAUCUUUCAGGAAAAUAGUCUAGAUUUUGCAGGUGCUGUCAAUGUUGUCCAGUCAGGGAAAUGUUUAACUUGUGAUGACAAUCCAGGAACCACUUUAGGACAAGAAAAGGUGAAACAAGAAGAUGACAUCAGCAUUCAUGUUGAGCAUCAAUGUGAUGAUUCUGCUGCAGUACUAGUAUCUUCAGUUGAUAGCAGUAUACUACAGACAGUACCAGCCAAAGAAAGCCGGUUGGCCAUCAACCUUCCUAAUAAACAUGAAAUACACUCUCAAGAUGAAACAUUGAAGUUUGGUUUUGACGUUCAGUGUACUUUCGAGGUCAGUCUUGUUGGUAGUGAUGCCAGUACAAGUGACACUACAAAAGUUUUUUCCAGCUUAGAUCUUCCCACAAGAGCUGCUUGCAAGAGUAUCUUAAAGAAAAGGAGGCUUAGUCAUCCCACUACUCCUGAUAAUUCCUUUAAAUUGAACAAAAUGCUGGAUGCACAAACGAUGAAAUAUAUAAGCUCUUCAGGUAAUCAGACCUGUUCUAAUGAUGAGGUCAAUGCUGCAAAUAAUGCAACUGAAAAAGCUCUGUUUCUUCAUCAUGCUGACAGUGGCACAAAGUUUGUUUCUGAAACUAAGGACUGCCUUGUUCAUUAUGAAAUUGAUGAAAAAGGAUGUUGCAGCCUGACUUUACCAAGGUGCGAAUUUAAAAAUAAACAUCAUCAUCAGGAGGGGCCUGAUCGGCCUGGCAUUUCUGAUCUCUCUGAGUGGACCAGAUAUUAUUCGUCUCCCCUGAUGAGAGAAAGUUCAACAUUAACGCGCAAAGUUCAAAAAUCUUCAAUGAGUGAUAAUUACAACAGCUUUCCUAAAUCAUUGCACAUGAAAUUCCCAAAAGAUUUCAAGCUGCCUUCCAAAGAGCAGCUGGAGAAGAAGUUUCUACUGUUUGGGCCAUUGGACUGUUCAAAAACCAAGCUCUUCUUCUACACAGGUGCAGCCCAAGUGGUUUUUUUAAACCAAGCUGAUGCAGAUUCUGCUUAUAGAUGUGUAAAGAAGAAGAAUGUAUUUGGUCAUGCCAAUGUUCGUUUUUGGUUUGAUAAGCAUGAAAACUUUAGAAAGGGGCAUGAGACACAUGAUUUACUGAUACCUGUAGAGCGAUAUUCAUCUCUAGAUCUUAAAUCAUGCCUUAAAGGGCCACAGGCACUCCAUGAGAGGGAUAAGAAGAAAGAGCAUGUUGCCAAAGCUCAUGAUUUAUCAACUCCCGUAUUGGCAAAUUCAUCCUUGAAUCUUAAACCAUGCCUUAAAAGUCCUAAUGCAGUCCAGGGGAGAAAUGGGAAGAAAACAUGCAAAGUGAGAUUCACAAUUGAAACUUAAUCAAUUUGUUUAAUGACAUUGGAAAGAACAAAGCAUCUUUAUCAUCUGUUUUCCAUUGACUUGUUAUAGCAAAUAGAGCAUAGAGCUGCAUAUCUGUAAAUGAUGGAAGUUUUGUAGCAUUUGGAGAAAAGUGACAUGUACUGCCAACAGCAGUUUAGGACUAAAUCUUAAUGAACACACACAAUUAUUGUUUUGCUCUUCA